AUGAAGACUGGGAACUCCACCACUGUGACAGAGUUUGUUCUGCUGGGAAUUUCUAAUAUAGAAGGGCUGGAGACCAUGUUAUUUGUUCUAUUCUUGACCUUCUAUGUUUUCACCUUGCUGGGAAAUCUCAUCAUCUUCCUCACCAUUCUGGCUUCCUCCAACCUCCACACCCCCAUGUAUUUCUUCCUGGCCAGCCUGUCUGUGUUUGACAUAUUUUUCCCUUCUGUGAACUCCCCCAAGAUGAUGGUCUUCCUAGUGGGGCAAAGCCGCACCAUCUCUUACCAGGGCUGUGCUUCCCAGGUCUUCUUUUACCACUUCCUGGGGUGCACUGAGUGUUUCCUCUAUACCGUGAUGGGCUAUGACCGAUUCGUUGCCAUCUGUCACCCUAUGCGAUACAUGGUCAUUAUGAGCCACAGGGUGUGUACCGGCCUGACCAUGGGCACUUGGCUAGGGGGCUGUCUGCAUGCAUCUGUCCUCACGUUCUUCAUCUUCAGAUUGCCCUACUGUGGCCCCAAUGAGGCGGACGGCUUUUUCUGUGAUAUCCCGGUGGUGCUUCCCCUGGCCUGUGCAGACACUUCCCUAGCACAAAUGUUGAGUUUCACCAAUGUAGGUGUCGUUUCAUUUACAUGUUUUCUUCUUGUCCUCACUUCUUACACUCGCAUUGUUCUGUCCAUAUUGAAAAUCCGUUCUUCAGAAGGCAGGCGCAGAGCCUUCUCCACCUGCAGUGCCCACCUAACUUCAAUCCUCUUCUUCUAUGGGCCUGUGAUUCUCAUCUAUCUCUGUCCAGCUUCCAGCCCUUGGCUGGCUGCAGCAGUUCAAGUAUUAAAUAAUGUCAUCACUCCUUGCCUGAAUCCUUUGAUUUAUUCCUUGAGAAACAAAGAUGUGAAAUUGGCCCUGAGGAAGGUGUUGCUGCAAAUUGUCCCCCCUUCUGCAGUAUAA